AUGGGCUUCGCUGACCUGCUGGAGGAGGUGGGCGGGUUCGGUAGGUACCAGUGGCUCCACGUGACCCUGAUCAGUUUACCAGGUCUGUUGAUGGCCAGUCAGAACCUGCUCAACAACUUUGUCUCAGGAAUCCCUGCCCACCACUGCCGCCUGCCGGCCAAUCACAGCCUCUACAGCCUGUCGGCCAAUCACAGCCUCCACAACCUGUCUCUCUACCAGGUGGAUGAGAAGCAGCUCCUGAAAGCGUUCAUCCCUCUGGACUCUUCAGGAACUAGACUGGACCGCUGCAGGAGGUAUGUGGAGCCUCAGUGGCAGCUGUUAGCUUCUAACGGCUCAGCUAACGGUAGCGAGCUGCAGACGGAGGGCUGUUUGGACGGAUGGACUUUCGAGAGCUCCGAGUUCCUCGCCACCACCGUCUCCGAGUGGGAGCUGGUGUGUUCUCUGCGUCCUCUGAAACAGAUGAUUCAGAGCAUCUAUAUGGGCGGAGUUUUAACCGGCGCCAUCAUCUACGGCGGCCUUUCAGACAGGUUUGGGAGGCGGUCUAUCCUAAUUUGGUCGUACCUACAGCUGGGCAUUCUGGGUUGUAGCUCCGCCCUCUCCCCGUCAUACACCGCCUACUGCAUCUUUAGGUUCCUGAGUGGGAUGGCGGUCUCUGGCAUCAUCCUGAAUGCAGUCUCACUGAAGGUGGAGUGGAUCCCGACCAGAGAGAGGACGUUAGUGGGCACGCUCACCUCCUUCUUCUUCACCUUUGGUCAGAUGAUCCUGGCGGGGCUUGCCUAUUGGCUGAGAGACUGGAGGAAGCUGCAGGUGGUCGUCUGCGCCCCCCAGUUCCUGUUCUUCGCCUACAGCUGGUGGUACUCUGAGUCGGCUCGCUGGUUGGUUCUGAACCGCCGGUCUGAGGAGGCGUUAAAGAGUCUUCACCGAGUCGCUCGAAUCAACGGAAAACCAGAGAUGGUCGACAAGUUAACGCUGGAGGUUCUGAACUCCCACAUGAGGAAAGAGAUUGAGUCGAGUUGUUCUUCGUUAACGGCGUAUGACCUGUUGAGGACCCGAGGCAUGAGACGCAUCUCCAUCUGUCUCGUCGUUGUCUGGUUCUCCACCAGUUUUGCUUACUACGGUUUGGCGAUGGACCUGCAGAAGUUUGGGGUUAGUAUCUACCUGAUGCAGAUCAUCUUUGGAGCCGUCGAUAUUCCCGCCAAACUGUUGGCUCUGGGCAUGCUCAGUUACCUGGGGAGGAGGGUCUCCCAGGCAACCUGUCUCUUCCUGUCUGCACUUAUCAUCUUUGCCAACAUCUUUGUCCCCACAGACUUGCAGACGGUCAGAACGGUGUUGGCGUGUCUCGGUAAAGGUUUCACCUCGGCAUCCUUCACCGUCGUGUACCUGUACACUGGAGAGCUGUACCCCACCGUCAUAAGGCAGACUGGGAUGGGCUUUGUGUCCACCAUGGCGAGAGCCGGCAGCAUGGCAGCGCCUGCUGUCCUCAUACUGGACGAGGUACUCCCUGCUCUGCCCAGCGUGGUGUACGGCGGUGCUGCAGUGUUGGCCGCCGGCUUUGCCUGCUUCCUGCCGGAGACGCUAAACAUGCCGCUCCCCGACACCAUCGAAGACGUGGAGCAGAAAUGGUCUGGAACAAACCCCGCCCCCCCACCAGAAGAGGGCGUGGCUCUGAAAGAGGGCGUGGCUCUGAAAGUGCUGAAGGAAGCAGAAGGAUCUGGACUCAACGCCCUCUGACCAAUCUGACGCCUGGACUGAUCCUCGACCAAUCAAACGCCUGGACUGACCAUCGACCAAUCAAACGCCUGGACUGACCAUCCACCAAUCAAACGCCUGGACUGACCCUCGACCAAUCAGACGGCGGGAGUCAUUAAUGAUACAAUAGACCUUUUUCACAGCAGACAUGUUGACAUGUCCUAGUAGGAACAGCACAGGUGUACUCAAACCCAUUAAUGAUGGCUGCAUUCCACUUAGUAGAGACCCUGGUAUUAAACCAUUAAUGAUGGCUGCAUUCC